GUAAUUUAAGCGCGUAUAUUCAACAUUGUUCUGAAGUUGGACGUGUUCUUGCUAAAGCUUGUACAGUCCAGCAGUCCUGUUCCGAACUAACUGGCAGGAGCUAGCUAGCUAACUACUACCUUGCUAGCUGGCUACUCUUUCCUAGCAGCAGCAGCAGCAAGUGAUUUCUGUUAUCACUCAAACUGGCAGGUAACCUUAACCUCCGUUUCUAGUCUGGCAUGAUUCAAUGUUGUUACGAGGACAUCCCCUGUGAUUUGACGUUAAUUUUCAUCUUCCUGCGCCUGUGGGUUUGGGACCCAAUGUUGCCACGGGAAGAAACAGACAAACUGAGACAUAGUACUCCGUGAAUGAGUGGCUCACAAGCCAGACAAACGAAGAGAUACCAAGAGGAGAGACCCUUAUUCUGCAUCAUUCUUGUGUAACAGAUUGCAACAAAACUCGACGGCCAGACCGUUGCAAUGUCGACCUCAUCGCUACGGCGACAAGUAAAGAACAUUGUCCACAACUAUUCAGAGGCUGAAAUCAAGGUUAGAGAGGCGACAUCCAAUGACCCAUGGGGCCCCAGCAGCUCUCUGAUGUCAGAGAUUGCUGAUCUGACCUACAAUGUUGUGGCCUUCUCAGAAAUCAUGAGUAUGGUGUGGAAGCGCCUCAAUGACCACGGCAAGAACUGGAGACAUGUGUACAAGGCUAUGACUCUUAUGGAGUACCUGAUUAAGACGGGUUCAGAACGUGUUGCCCAACAGUGCCGAGAGAACAUAUAUGCAGUCCAGACCCUCAAGGAUUUUCAGUACAUAGACAGGGACGGCAAAGACCAGGGGGUAAAUGUGCGAGAGAAAGCCAAACAGUUGGUGACACUGCUGAAAGAUGAAGAGAGACUAAGAGAGGAGAGGAUCCACGCCCUCAAAACCAAAGAGAAGAUGGCACAGACCUCCAGCGGUGAGAUGGCCUCCUCAGCUCCCUCAGCACCCAACCUGGGCGGUAGCCUGUCAGUGGGCUCUCACUCUGGAGGGGCAGACCCUGAGCAGGCCUGGCCACAGAGCUCUGGAGAGGAAGACCUGCAGCUCCAGCUGGCUUUAGCCAUGAGUAAAGAAGAGGCAGAGCAGAAUAGCGGAGACCCUCUGGAGGACGCAGAGCUCCGCUAUGCUAUCACACUCAGCAAAGACAUGCAACAAAAGGAAGAGCGUCUGCGCAGAGGUGAUGACCUGAGACUGCAGAUGGCCAUCGAGGAGAGCAAGAGGGAAAAGCUGAAGCCUGAGGAUGCCGCUCUGAUGGAGUUGAGUGCCGUGGACCCCUGGGGGGGCCCUGCUGCCGCUGCCACUGUCGGCUCUGCUGGCCCCUCACCUCCACCCACAGUCCCUGCCCCUGCUGCCUCCGGCCCGUGGGGCACAGCCUCCACAGACCCGUGGGGAGUGGCGUCACCCACAUCUCCUACAAGCUCUGACCCCUGGGGUGGGGGGGCCCCGCCCACUAUAGCCCCUCCUCCAGACCCCUGGGGAGAGACAUCCAACAGAGUUAAUAACGUCGACCCCUGGGGAAGCUCGGCUGUGACCCCCCCCAGUGCCGACCCCUGGGGCUCAUCAGUGCCACCCAGCACUUCCUCCUCGGGGGGGCCAGUAGACCCCUGGGCAAGGGACGGACCUGUCCCUGCCUCUGACCCUAUCACCUCCGACAUCUGGAGUGGCACCGCCAAACACACUAACGGCACAGGAGACCCAGAGCGACGAGGGUCCCCAGCAACAGGCUGUGACAGUACAGGCUCUCCGGUGCCUUUUGACCUGUCAUCUCUUGGUUCUUCACUUCCUGUACGUAAGACUCCUGAGUCCUUCCUCGGCCCCAAUGCAGCGCUGGUGGAUCUUGAUUCUCUAUUGUCAUCUAAACCCAAACCCAAACAGCCGCCGCCUCCUUCUAUCUCUUCCUCUUCAGCACACAACCCCUUCCUCCAGAACACAGGCUCAUCUCCUGCUCCUGGCAUGGCAGUGACGCCAGGCAGUACCAUUUCCAGUAGGGGGGUUUCUCCAACACCUGCCUCCUCCAACCCUUUUGGAGUGGCUCCACCCAUGUCCUCAAUCUCACCUCAGCCCUCAUCACUUGGCCUGAGCGGCCUCCGCUCCAGUCCAGUGCCUCCCAAUCCCCUGCUGGGCAUGGUGCAACCAGGAAUGGGCAUGGGGCCAAUGAGUGUGGGUAUGGGGGCCCCAGGAAUGGGCCUGGGCAUGAUGCAGGCCAGCCCCAUGGGCAUGCCCUACAGCGGGCUCUCGCCUAUGGGUCCCCCGGGCUCUGCUCUGUUGGGGCCCGGAGGUGCAGUACCUCCUCAGCUGAUUUUGGGUGGGUCCACUGGAACAGGAGGAGUGAUGGGGGCAGGAGGAUCAGUAGGAGGCGGAGGAACGACAGGAGCGAGCACCAACCCUUUUCUUCUUUGAGGAAGUGUCACCACUACUGUGCUCACCUGUUUCAACCUCCUCUGUCGUACCUGCUGCCCCCUUCAUUCAUCCCCCUCAACACAAUUUGUGUCCAAAAAGAAAAAUGUGUACAUCUCUAUAUUUAAAGAAAAAAACAAAACAUCAAAAAGUCUGUUUGAAAGCAUUAUUUCAUUUCAAAAUAAUUUCCCAUAUUUAGUUCCUUUCAUUUCAUUAUGGGUUGUUUGUGGGCGGGAAAUAGAGAUCUAUUUAUUCUGUUCUGUAUCGUUCUUCAUGUUUUUUUGUUUUUUUUCCCCAGUCCUUUCUUUGAGAUGAAGGUAAGUCUGUGAGAGCAGGAGACCUUUUCAGUAGUGUCACUCUAUUCUAUUACUUCUGCACUGAGAGAGAGAUGGAAGGAGAGGGGACAUAGCCACUAACAAACUGAACAGAGAAACAGUUGUACCUGCCUCUUACUCUUUUCUCCCUCUAGAAUGAAGACAAACACUGAAUCACUGAAAUGAAACCAGUGCAUGAAGGAUGAUUUUUAAUGAACUCCACACUGAGAUACGGACUGAAAAACCUGCAGUACCAUUUCAGGCACAAUGUGGUCAAAUAGUUUAAACUAUAUUUCACUUUUAAUUUAAUUUAAUGUUAAAUGUAAUUUAUUUUUUUCCAAGUUUUGGGAACAAAUAAACAAGGAAAAUCACACGAUGAUGCCAAUUAAAUCAAAUACUUUUUUGUUUUUCCUAUUAUUAUUAUUAUUAUUAUUGUAGAAAACUAACGAGAGCUUUGACACCUGUUGUCUAAUGGGGGGGGUGGAAAUUAUGGGAUGUUUGUUGAAUGUGUGAAUGAGAAUAUGAAUGCUCAUUUAUGUGUGUGUAAGUAUGCAAUAGUGCAAAUGCCUGUUUCUGUGUAAAUGUGUCAAUAUCUCUGUCUAUUUUUCUUGUGGCUGAUCUUAUUUCAGUGACUCAGAAAGGAACAAAUGACAUUCAUUAUUUUUGUUUUUAAAAAUUGUUACUUGUAUUAAUACUAUUUAAUGUUGGGAUUUCAAAUGAGGUAUUACAAGGGUCACACAUUUCUCUGCCAAUCUUAUUUCACACUUUUUUUAUUAAUCAGAAGCAUUAGGUUUUUUUUCUCCAAUCACACAUUUCAUACGGGAUCCCUGGUGAACAGGUGUCCCACAGCACCACUGUCCUUGUCUUUCAUCCCUUUGUCCUUCGGGGAGGGAGAGAUACUGAUGCUUCUUGAAAAAUAAAAGACAAUUGUUUCAGUGAAUGAAAGGAGACAAAAAAAACCAGGGACUUGACAACAUGCUUCAUGCUGUUCUUUUAAUUUAGUUUGAUGAAUUUAUUGUUAUUUUAUAUCAACAAGAAAAUAUCUCUUUUAUCGGGUAAGGUUGAAUUCGUGUGGUGAUGACUGUGAACAUUCACAUUUGAAAAGUAAAAUGGAAAAAAGAAUCAAAAGGAAUUUAUGAAAUAAAACAAAAACACAGGA